UCGUGGGCAGUCGCCGUCUCGGACGGAUGCCGGUUAAAAUGUACGCGGGAACGUAAACCAGUUCGAAAUUCAAACUUUUUAGCUUUUUUAUUUUAUAAGUGUGAAGAUGAGUAAAGGAAAAAGCGGCGAUAGGGCUAAAUCUUUGAGAAAAGUCUCAAGAAAUCCGUCUACGAACAAUGCAUCCAAUGUUUCAUCUAUGGAGUCAUAUGACCUGUCCACAACCGAUAUAGUUUUAGAAGAGGCAUGGCCCAGUCGUUGUUACAAGUUUGAUCCCCUCCACCCUGAAGUGGAGGACAUCCUCGGGUCCAGCCAGUCACCGCGACCCUGUACCCUGGUCUGGAGAGACCUCAGUGUACACAUCAAAUUGAAAGAUGGAAAAUUAAAGAGACUGGUUAAUAAUGUUAGUGGAAUCGCCAAACCUGGAACGUUGGUGGCUCUUAUGGGCGCAAGUGGAGCCGGAAAAACAACAUUGAUGACAGCUUUAGCUCACCGAAGCCCUGUGGGCACCGUGAUGGAAGGUGAAAUAGCAAUGAACGGUGUAGCCAUAGGAGACUUCAUGCAUCAAGAAAGUGGGUACAUGCACCAGGAUGAGCUGUUUGUGGAAAACCUCACGGUCAUUGAACAUCUCACCAUCAUGGCUCGUCUCCGCAUGGACCGUUCAACCACGUCGUUGAUGCGCAAGCGCCGGGUGAACCAGCUUCUGAGGCAGCUCGCGCUGUAUGGAUCCAGGUACACUCGGAUUGGAGGGCUGGAUGGACGAAAGACCCUGUCUGGAGGAGAGAGGAAGAGGCUGGCGUUCGCUACUGAGCUUUUAACAGACCCAGGCCUGUUGUUCUGCGAUGAACCAACCACCGGCCUGGACUCCUCAUCAGCGCAGAAGCUGAUGUCGCUACUCCGGGCCAGUGCGGUUCAGGGCAAGACUGUCAUCUGCACCAUACACCAACCUUCUUCUGAGUUGAUGGCCCUCUUUGAUAAACUGGUGCUUUUGGCUGAAGGAAGAGUAGCCUUUGCUGGGAACGCAUCUGGAGCCUUGAACUUCUUUGAAAGUUUGGGCUACCACUGUCCCCUGACAUACAACCCUACAGACUACUUCAUCAAGGUACUGUCCCUAACUCCUGGGUCGGAGUCAGCAUCGAGGCAGGCCAUCAAGAGCAUAUGCGACCGGUUUGCAGUCAGCGACGCAGCGAAGGAAUUGGACAUGGAGAUUCACCUGGAGUUCCACUUGAGGGAUAAUGAGGAUGAGACCGUGAAACGAGACAAGGCGGACUCGUUCAAACCGCCGUUCUUCUUCAUCAAGAUGAUGUGGUUGGUGUACCGGCACGCGUUGAUCAUCAUCAGGGACCCACGCGUGCAGUUCAUAAGGAUCCUACAGAAAUUGGCUAUAGCAUUAACAGCCGGGCUCUGCUUCCUAGGCACGGCGCACCUUACCCAGUCCGGAGUGCAGGACGUCCAAGGAGCACUCUUCAUCAUCAUCGCCGAAAACACCUUCAGCCCAAUGUACUCAGUGCUCCACAUGUUCCCAGAGGAAUUCCCGCUGUUCAACCGGGAAUUGAAGGCUGGGUUAUAUUCCACGCCCGUUUAUUAUACAGCCAGGAUGAUAGCUCUGUUCCCUGGCCUGGUCGUGGAACCAACUCUGUUCACCCUGGUGGUCUACUUCAUAGCUGGUCUGCGGUCAACGGUUUACGCCUGUGGACUCACCCUAUUCCUCUCUAUUUUGGUGCUCAAUGUUGCUAUUGCCUGUGGUUCCUUCUUCUCGUGCGCCUUCGGGUCCAUGCCCGUGGCCAUCGCCUACCUCGUACCAUUUGACUACGCCCUCAUGAUGACCUCUGGACUGUUUGUUAGAUUAAGUUCAAUACCAAAAUACAUAUCCUGGAUCCGGCAUCUGUCUUGGCUGAUGUACUCCAACGAAGCUAUGAGCAUUCUCCAGUGGGACGGAGUGCAAAAUAUCACAUGUUUGGAGACGUCUCCGGGCAUGCCGUGCCUCAGUAACGGCAUGGAAGUUCUCAACAGAUACGACUUCGAAAGCGACCGCCUCUGGACUGACGUCACAGCCCUCCUGGUGCUCUAUCUGGCCUUCCAUCUCCUGGCGUUACUAGCACUCCGCCAUCGCACCAGAAGAAAAUAAUUGUCUUAUUCCUGGGUUUUAUAGUAUUUGUAUCUUUAAGGCAUAUAU